AUGGACAAAGUAAGGAUAUCAGACGAAGAUGUUGUUUGCCUGGCCAGUAAGCAGCAAAUUCCUAAUAAUUUAGACUUGAAGAACAUGAAGGACUCGAACAAUAGUGCUUAUUAUAGAACUAAACUUGUUAACAUUUAAAUCGUAAUGUUAGAGAACACUCUUUUUAGGAGGGGAGUGUGUGACGUGACCAAUUUAGAUCACUCUGUCUUGGGUACGCUGUAGAAAGACAGUCACGUGACGAAGCAGCAUGCUUGAAUUUUGUACUUUUGACUAGUUUUAUAAAAACGAUAUUUAAACCGACAAAAUGUAGUAUUUCGCGUAAUAGUUGAACGGGUAACAACAAUACCCAUGUUCUCGUAAAACAGUAUGAACACCUCUUCCAGGGUGUUAGCAAGAUACGUGAUGUUGAAAUAAAGCUCCACGUCAAUCCUAAUGUUCCACCUAUUGCACAACCAGAGAGGAGAAUUCCUUUCUACCUGAGAAACAAAGUUGCCGAAGAAUUAAAGCGACUUGAGGAAAAUGAUAUUAUCGAAGAUGCAACUGGCCCAACACCAUGGGUGAGCCCAAUCGUUGCUGCACCAAAACCGAAAAAUAUCAACGAAGUUCGUGUGUGUGUAGACAUGCGGCUUCCCAAUCGUGCCAUCCAUCGCGAACGACACCCUUCACCUACUGUUGAUGACAUCAUUCACUCACUUAAUGGUGCCAAAAAGUUCAGCAAGCUCGAUCUGCGAUCUGGAUACCAUCAACUCGUCCUUGCGCCAGAAUCAAGACACAUCACAACCUUUGCUACUCACAAGGGACUAAAACGAUACAAGCGUUGGCACUUCAUCAGCCGCUGA